AGCCUCUGAACCAAUCACUACCGCCCGGGGGCGGGUCGUGUGUGGACUGUUGUGGAUAUGGAAAAUGGACAAUUUAACACGCACAUUCAUCAUUCAUAUCCCGACGGGGGAAACCUGCGCUCGGACGCUGAAUUGAUUCGCAAAUGCCCGGUCGUGGCGUGAAAAGGAAAAUUACGAGAGAGGGAAGAACGCGGUACCGCCACCCGGAGGGGCCCUGCAGACAGGAGUCGCGCCAGGCACCAUGAGGCUGCAAGCUUGGCCUGAGAGAGCAGCGAAAUCCCCCUUCAUCACUCUCAACCAGGCUGGGCAGCGUAAGAAAUGCACACAGAAGCACCAGCAGCAGCAGCGCAUGCCACGGCAGAGACAGGCUAAUACACACAUCUGAGAGUACAGUGAAGAGCAAAUGGGGAAGGCAGAAAGAGGGUGAGUGAGGGGAGUCAGUAACUCAGAUUGCGUCAUCCUAAAUGGCAAAGUGGACUGGGCCACACUCAGAGGCAGUGAUGUCCUUGUUAACACAUUGUCCUCCGUUAGAAGCUCCUUGUUAGAAAUCACAAAUCAGCCCCCCGCCCCUGUGAGGCCACCGAGCUGAGGGGCAGAGGAGGAGAAAAAACAGAGGACGAGAGAGAGAUAGAGCGGAAAAUAGAGACUGUGACAGGCCCCCAUGCAGGCCCGUAAGAAGUAUGUUCUGCUGGGCUUGUGUGCGUGCUGCUGGCUGGUCCUCUUUUACUGGGGCGGAGGAGUCCAGCUACGUCUGUUCCGGCUGCUGACACGGCAGCGGGGUGAAGUGGUGCGCCCCUGGCCCAACUGGACCGACAGGGCCUUCCUGCCCCGCUAUGCCCACCUGGAUGAGCUCCAGACGGACCCCGGGACGGCCGAGUCGCCCCGCCAGCGCCGGCAGGCAUGGUCGGCCAUUUAUAAGGACAGUCGCUGCCGCAUGGAGACCUGUUUUGACUUCUCGCGGUGUCGCCGUAGAGGCAGGGAAGGGUUCAGAGUGUAUAUAUAUCCAUCAGAGAAAAAUGACCGCGUGUCAGAGAGCUACAGGAAGAUCCUGACGUCUAUAGGUGAGUCACGGUACUACACAUCAGACCCCCGUGAAGCAUGUCUGUUCGUCCUCGGGAUAGAUACCUUAGAUCGGGACCAGCUAUCAGGACAGUUUGUGCCCAAUGUGGAUGAACGUAUACGUGGUUACCCGCUGUGGAAUGAUGGCCGGAACCACCUGAUCUUCAACCUGUACUCAGGCACCUGGCCUAACUACACAGAGGACCUGGGCUUCAACAUCGGCCAGGCCAUAUUAGCCAAAGCCAGCCUCAACACAGAGCAUUUCAGGCCGGGCUUUGACGUCUCCAUCCCGCUGUUCUCAAAGGAUCACCCGCAGAAGGGUGGAGAACGGGGCUGGCUGGUGAGGAACACCAUACCGCCACGAAGAAAGUACCUGCUGAUGUUCAAAGGAAAGCGUUACCUGACGGGCAUCGGCUCAGACACCAGAAACGCCCUACAUCACAUCCACAAUGGGAAGGACAUUGUGUCGCUGACGACGUGCCGCCACGGAAAGGACUGGGAGAAGCACAAAGAUGCCCGCUGUGACCAUGACAACCUGGAAUAUGAGAGGUUUGAUUACCAGGAGCUCCUCCACAACUCCACCUUCUGUUUGGUGCCUCGAGGUCGACGCCUGGGCUCCUUUCGCUUUCUAGAGUCGCUACAGGCGGCUUGUAUUCCAGUCCUGCUGAGUAACGGUUGGGAGCUGCCGUUCUCUGAUGUCAUACAGUGGAACCAGGCAGUCAUUGAGGGAGAUGAGAGAUUACUACUACAGGUGCCAUCCACGGUGAGAGCAGUCGUAAAUGAGAGAGUCCUGGCCCUCAGACAGAGGACCCAGAUGUUGUGGGAAGCCUACUUUUCCUCUGUGGACAAGAUAGUCCUCACCACACUGGAGAUCAUAAAGGACCGUGUGUUCUCUCACAUAUCGAGGAACAAGUACAUGUGGAACUCCCUGCCAGGAGGUCUGCUGGUCCUACCGGAGUACUCCACUCACCUCGCACAUUUCCCUUUCUACUACCUGGGAUUAGGGGUCAUUCCAGGUCAGGAAUUCACCGCUGUCAUCCACGCCGUCUCUCCAUUGGUCUCCCAGUCUCAGCCAAUCAUGAAGCUGCUUCAGGUGGUCUCCAAGUCAAAAUACUGCUCGCAGAUCAUCAUUCUGUGGAACAGCGAGAAGCCGCCACCCAGUCGGAGCAAAUGGCCUCCCAUGCCUGUCCCCCUCACUGUGACAGACGGCAGGAGGAAGACCACCAGUCGGUUCCUACCUCAUGUUGCCAUAGAGACAGAAGCAGUGCUGAGUCUGGACGAAGAUACAGUCCUGCUGACCAGUGAGGUGAACUUUGCCUUCCUGGUGUGGCGGAGCUUCCCUGAGCGGAUCGUGGGCUACCCACCCAGGAGCCACUUCUGGGAUCCCCUGAAGCGUGCCUGGGGCUACACCUCUAAAUGGACCAACGACUACUCUAUCGUCCUUACUGGAGCUGCCUUCUACCACCGGUACUACCACUACCUGUUCUCCCACUACCUGCCCCAGUCUUUGCGGACUCUGGUGGAUCGCACCUCCAACUGUGAGGACAUCCUGAUGAACUUCCUGGUCUCCGCUGUAAACCACCUGCCGCCAAUCAAAGUGGCUCAAAGGAAGCAGUAUAAAGAGUUGCCCAGUCCACAGGGUACAAAGAGUGUCCCCUGGGCCAACCCGGAGCACUUCAACCAGCGGCAGGAGUGUGUCAACACCUUCGCCAACUGGUUUGGCUACAUGCCUCUGGUCCACUCUCAGUUUCGCCUGGAUCCCGUGCUCUUCAAAGAUCAAGUGUCUGUCCUCCGAAAAAAGUACAAAGACCUGGAGAGAGCAUGAAAAUGACAGAGAAAAUAGAAAGAAAGGCUGGAAAGGGCCAAGGUCUGGUCUAGUGGCCUUUUGGACAGACAAAUGGACCAAUCAGUGGUGGGCAGUCAAGAUAGGACACUCAAGACUAUUGAGAUGUGGACAAAGUGGCUGAGCGGUCCAUUUGAUACAUGGACAAGGUACAAUCAUCAGACAGACCCUGGUGGACUGCUCUGGACUACAUACAUAUAAAUAUGAAGAAGGGCCUAUAAAAGUUUAAAAGGAGCUUCAAAUGAUUCUCCUACCUCCAUAAGUCUGGUGAGACAACGGAGUAGGACAUUUAGGGGCCUUGAAAGAGUCCCUGUAAUUGGGCCUGUCGCUGAGAAAGGACACUCUCUAUUGGACAGCAAAAAAAAACGGAACACUUGAACACUUCCGAUGUCAGUGCCAUUGCUGUGACAAUGAAAAAGGGAAUGGCUAUCUCAUGCCAGAUGCACCCAAGGGACUGGUAUUGGUGCCAUGCACUCCAGUUGUCAGUGUGUGUCUCAGCAUUAUUGUGCAGGGACUGUUGCCAUGGAAACUGAUCAUUUCACAUCAAGAUGCUAAAUGUAAAACCAAUAAAAUGAUUUAUAAAUGCAAA